AUUUUGUUGUCAUUUCUUGGCAUUGAGCGUAUUUCAGGCAAAAUGCUGGGCGAGCGUCGUCGUCUCAGAGCGGUCCUUCUCGCGCAGCUCUUGGCAGUAGUAGUCAUGCUGGCCACUCUCGCACCCUUGGCACACGCAGGCGGACUGACUACUGGCGCGAAACCACCGCUGCGCUUCCACGCGGACGGGAGCUUUAAAAUUUGCCAAUUUGCCGACCUGCACUUUGGCGAGGGCGAGGACGUCACCUGGGGCCCCGUGCAAGACACCAAUUCGAGCCGCGUUAUGCGAAACGUGCUCGAGCGGGAGCGACCAGACCUGGUUGUGUUUAGCGGAGACCAAAUCACGGGAAACAACGUUGCGGAUAAUGCCACGGCGUACUGGGCGCAGGUUGUCCGGGAAUGCCAGGUUAUGGGAAUUCCGUGGGCAAUCAUCUUUGGCAACCACGACGAUCUCGCCAGCGGAGUGAACGGCUCGCGCGCUGCGCUGAUGGAGUUUGACACGUCCUUUGAGUUGUCGUACUCGCAGUUUGGCCCCGAGGGUCUGCCAGGAACGAGCAACUACUACCUGCCGUUGCUCGCCAGCGACUCUGAUCAGGUGGCCUCGUGGAUUUUCUUUUUGGACAGCGGCGGUGGCUCCAUUGACGAAGUCAUUACCUUGCCGCAAGUCGCUUGGUAUCGCAACACGUCUGCAUCUCUGGAAGCGCUGGUUGGUCGGGUGCUUCCUUCCAUGGCGUUCUUCCAUAUUCCUCUAGUGCAAUACGACGCCGUCUACUCGCCCGAAAAAUGCAUUGGAAUGAAUGACGACGGAAUCACUCCUCAGGACGAGGAUCUUGGCAUUUUCCAGGCGUUCUUGGAUCGAGGCGAUGUGCAACUCACGAGUGUCGGUCAUGAUCACGGCGAGAGCUUUUGCUGCCCGUUGCAGACCUUGACGCUUUGUUUUGGAAGGCACAGCGGCUACGGAGGUUACGGCGACUGGGAUCGCGGUGGCCGUAUUUUCAUUCUGUCCGAGCCCAGCAAGACCACCACACAGCUGUCGUUCUCGACAUAUGUGCGAAUGGAGAAUGGCACCAUCACGGACGGUCCCAACUUCCCCAAGCGGACCUGAGCAUCAUUUGAGCAUUUUUAUGGUGUUGAAAUCAGAGUGCAGGCAGUGCAGGCAGUUUUCUAUGUUGUGAUUGACUUUGAAUACCACGCACAAUGGAGAUGAAUCGCCUUACCAUAUUUGUCCA